CCACCCCAACUGUCUAGAAUCAUUCCACCCUUUCUGGAUCUCUCUGACAGGAGAAACUUCUGGAUACCCACACCUCAGCAUUAAAAUCAGGGUGCACGUCCGGUUUGGAAGAACAUAUCUGAAAAAAUUACAAGAAGAAGUAGAAGGAGGAGGAGCGAUCCGACAGAUUCCAGCCGACAUGGCUCUGCUGUGCUACAACAAAGGCUGUGGUGAGAAGUUUGACUCUGACAAGAACAAAGACGAUUCCUGCAUCUUCCACCCUGGAGUCCCCAUCUUCCAUGAUGCUCUGAAGGGUUGGUCCUGCUGUAAGAAGAGGACCACAGACUUCUCAGAGUUCCUCUCCAUUAAGGGCUGCACCCGCGGGCGCCACAGCAAUGACAAGCCCCAGGAGCCUCUGCUGCCGGAGGUGACAUCCGAUAAGGGACAGAUAAAACACACCAACGGCCAAGAGAUAAUCUACCAGGGCCCCAAAUCUGCUGAGAAACUGCAGAAAGAGAGACCCAGUUCAGAUGAGCCAAAGACCAAGCUGCUGCACAAAGUGUCUGCGUCGCUGACUCAGGCUCUGGAGAAACUGGACCUAAACAUAAAAGCAGAGGCCGAGCAGAAGGAGGGUCAGCCUGUGUCAGUGGGGACGCACUGCAAGAACGCAGGAUGCAAAACGAUGUAUCAAGGCCCUGAGACAGACUCGGAGGUGUGCACCCACCACCCAGGAGUCCCCGUCUUCCAUGAGGGGUACAAAUACUGGAACUGCUGCUGCAUAAAGACCAUAGACUUCAAUGCUUUCCUCGACCAGAAGGGCUGCACCACAGGGAAACACCGCUGGGUCCCCAAACAGAGCAAGAAGAAGGUGGCGUGUCGAUAUGACUGGCACCAGACGGGGGGUACCAUUGUCGUAACGAUCUACGCCAAGAAUACAAUCCCACAAGUUUCUGUAAUAGAGGCCAACCGGACAGUGCUCUCAUGUCACAUCCAGUUUGAGAGUAAUAAGGUUUUCAAGAGGGACUUUCAUCUCUGGGGGGUGGUUGAUGUCAAACACAGUUCGGUAAACAUGGUCCCAUCCAAAGUAGAAAUCUUGCUCCGCAAGGCCGACCCAGUGUCCUGGGGCAAACUGGAGGAUCCCAACUACAAACCAGAGCCCGAGCCCAUAGACGACGCAGUGGAGGAGGAAGAGCAGGCGGUCCCGGAGACCUGGGACAUCGACGACGACGACAUCAGCGACUCGGACGAGGAGUGGGCCUACGAUAAGCCCCCCAGCGAUACACGGAAGGAGGAGAAAGAGGAAACCAAGAGGAAGAUGGAGGAGAUCCAAAAAGCACAGAGGAAGGAGGUGGAGGAUGAAAUGAAGAGGGCGGCAGAGCUGAGGAGGAAGGCAGAGGAGGAGAAGAGGAAGGCGGAAGAGCAGAAGAAACAGGAAGACGGAGAGGGAUUCGAGGACAUGCCGGAACUAGAAUAACAAACACCGUCGGAAACAACUUAUUUUUAAUUAGUUUUAGCAAAGUUGAACUAAUUGAGUUUGCAGCAAAAAAAGUAUCAAAUGUCAUACUGGAGUACACAUUACGCUGUUAGAAUAAUCUUUACAUUGAACAUCGGAUUAUUCUAUAUUUUGUUCAUUUGUGUCUCUUUCUGGGUCAAAAUUUUACCCUUUUUUUCUGAUGUAAUAAAAAAUUUCAUCACAUUGAAUCAAUAGUUCAAUAAAGAGCCCUCAUAUUUCUAUUA